UGCACCCAUUGGCGGCCAUGGGGUUUCCAUGGCAACGGAUUCCCCUGCCCGUCUGAGGUGCUCUCAUGGCGGCCGCAGCAGCGCUGUCUUCAUGUUCCUCUGGAGGCGAGGGGAUUCAAGCCAAUUCCAAAUGGCUGGACGCCCACUAUGACCCAGUGGCCAACCUGUACACGUAUUCCUCUUGCGUCACUCUGGCUGACCUGCAUGGUGAUGGAGACUAUAAGCUGGUGGUGGGCGACCUAGGCCCUACGGGACACGAGAUGAAGCUGAAGGUGUACCAUGGCAUGGAUCUUCUCAGCGAGAAUGUCCUGUUGGACUUGCCUUCCAGCGUGGCCGCCUUCCUGAUGGAGCGGCAUGAGCUGUGUGUGCCUGCCGUGGGGGUGGCUGCUGGGCCCUACAUCUACGUGUACAAGAAUAUGCGCCCCUACUUCCGUUAUGCAUUGCCCCCAUUGGAACUCAACUCCACAGAGAAAGAUGUCUGGGAACAGGCAAAGGAGGACAAGGUUGACCUUCUGUCGAUGAAGGAGACGCUAGAGAUGAUUCGGGGAAACGCGGACAGAGAAAAUGCAGAGCCGCCCUUGUCAGUGCAGUCCUUGAGGUUCCUGGGCCUUGACCCUCCUGAGAUGGAGUCCUUUGUGAACCAGUAUAAAAUGCAGCCACUCAAGCGGCAGUCGCUGAUAACCUGCAUGGCUACCCUGAAGAAGAGUGUCGCGGACGAGGGCUCCAUCAGCUGCCUGGUGCUUGGGACGGAGAACACUGACAUCAUCAUCUUGGACCCUGAGCCCUUCAACACGCUGGUGCAGACGAAGGUGCCCAGCGUGCCAGCCUUCAUGGACGUCACGGGGCAGUUCGACGUGGAAUACCGGCUCAUUGUGGCCUGCCGUAACGGAUGCAUCUACAUCCUCCGCAGGAACUCCAAGCGACACAAAUACUGCAUUGAGCUGAGCUCUCAAGCCGUGGGUUUGGUCUGGGUCCAAAAGAACAUUGUGGUGGCCUGUUCCGAUGAGACGCUGCAGAGCUAUACCCAGAAGGGGAAGAAGCUCUGGGUGGUCCCACUGCCAGCUCCCCCCAUCACUGUAAGCCUCAUGGAUGAGAAGUUCCAGAGCUUCCAGGCUGUGCUGGUGGCCUUGGCCAACAUGGAGGUGCACAUGUUCCAGGACAAGAACCUCAUGAAUGUCAUCCAAACACAGGACAUUGUCACCAGCAUCUGUUUUGGCCGCUACGGGCGGGAAGAUAACACCCUUGUCAUGACGACCAAAGGCGGGGGUCUGAUCAUCAAGAUCCUGAAACGCACUGCCACGUUUGACAAGGAGGACAAGGCUGCCGGAGCCCCUGUCGCCCAGAGCAUCAAACUCAGCGUGCCGAAGAAGACGAAGCUGUAUGUGGACCAGACACUGAGGGAGCGGGAGAGCGGAGUGGCCAUGCAUCGGGUGUUUCAGAUGGACCUGAGCCGCAUCCGCCUCACGGUGGCACGGGCCUAUGCCCGGGCACUGCAGUGCAACCUGUCGCCUAUCUCGGAGUCAGCGCAAGAACAGCUCAAGAUGAAUGCUGUGGUCCAGGGCAUGGGCCCCACCUUCAAGUUGACCCUUAACCUCCAGAAUAUGUCGGAUACCCGCGCAGUCGCCACUCUUCUCAUCAGCUUCCUGUAUGACGAAAAGCUGUACUCCAUAGAGCGUCCUUUCUUUAAGGCUCCUAUGUUGGUUCCGGGAUUGAAUUACCCUCUAGCAACCUUUGUCGAGUGUCUCAGCAGACAAGGGACCUCGGAUAUCAUUAAGGUCUUUGUGUUCCACGAGGGGGAGCAUGAGCCACUGCUGACAGCGCACAUCAACAUGCCUGUCAGCGAAGGCCUGGCAGCCGUGUGAACUACCUUCAGGGUUAGAGCAAGAGGAGGUUCAGCUGUAGUCUUGUCCCUGGGCUGCGUGCCUCAGCAAUAGCAUAGGGUUUGCCUUCAUCGGCUCUGUGACAGGCUUCUUGGAGAGGAAGCUGCCCUAGGAUAGCCAACCCCAUCUCUGCUGGACCGUGGUGAGUGGGGUUUCUCCAGGUGUUAAGGAAGAGCCCUCAUCCAGAGGCCCAGAUUAGAAAUUGCUUGCCUUCCAAGGCCAGGGCUGGACGGUUGGAGUAGCAAAUGAAGGCCAGUGGUCCAGGAGUCCAAUGCAUUUUAUUUGUAAAAUUUAUAUAUAUAACACCUUUGACUUUGGGGCAUGUUAGCUAGAGGGGGUGGCAGAAGAGGCCAACCUGAGUGAUCAGGGUGCUUGAACGCCUUUCCUGUGAGGGGAAGCUAAAAAUUUGUUGGGACUUUUUAGUUUAGAAAGAGGGGCGGGGAAGGAAUGUGACCGAGGCUGAUAUAAUGAUGCACAGGGUGGCGGGAGUAGACAGAGAGGAGUUUUCCUCCCUUUUGCAAUCCUGUCACGUGAAGUCAUCCAGCGAAGCCGAAGGACAAAAAAAUGUGGGUUUCUUUCGCUUUGGACCUAUUUUCUGGGUCCUUGGAUGCUCUGGACAAGGAGCAGGCCCACUUAACACCAGAACCAAAGUUUGGUUUCAGGAAGCCCUGACCAAUCCCUUCAUCUAGGGCAGCUUUCUCCAGCCGUGGGUGUCCCCCCACCACAGAUUUUUUUGCAUCUACCAUCAUCCCUGACCGUUGCCUAACCUGGCUGAGAAUGAUGAGUGUUUUAGUCCGGCAACAUCUGGGGACCCAGAGCCAAAGAACACGAGGCCAGAGAAGCUCAACAGCUUCUGCUGGCCAAGCAUCCUUGAACAGAGAGGGGUCUUGCUUCCCACCAUACAGUCUUAAAGAUAAGCUGGAACGCAGGAACGGGGCCCUACAUUUUCCUUGCAGUUGGGCUUUUUGGCAGACACUUCUCUGCUCACAGCACUUGAGGGACUCCUAGAUGCAAGAAUCCUCGUUUCCUCCCCUAUUCUAAAGAAAUAAGAAAAGGAGAGAAUGUAUCUGAAGGUGUCUUGUCUUGGCUGGAACAACACAGAUUUUUUUGUCUGGUUGGGAUGAGGCUGAAAAGAAACUCAACACAACUCGGCUAAUAAAAUAUUAAGCUGCAGGUGAAUGGU